AUGUCCAUUCUUCGCUACAUGGUACCCUCCGAAGACUUGAUGGCCGACCCGGAAGUCGCUGCGUUUUUCAAAGACAGCUUAGCGUCGAUUCGAAGCCUCUCUGAUCUUUCCAAGCGGGCCAUUCUCUACGGUUGUCGGGGGGGAUCCCUCCAGAACAUUGGCAUUAUGUACCCUUCUCAGCUCUCCAUAGAUGCAGACGGGCACGACAUAUCCGCAACAGAUGGAUUCGCAUCCAAGGUCCUUGCCGAAUUCCCCAAGACGUUACAAGAUGCUUGCCGUCAAGCAAAGAGCAUCGGUCAAUGGAAACUCUUUACCCGGACGCCACUCGAGAGACUCGCCCGCGGACGUGUCGUCGUGAUAGGGGACGCCGCACACCCCAUGCCUCCUCGUGAGUAUUCCCACUUUUUGCUCAUCUUUGAACCUGCCUUCGUUAACCUUAUUCACCCAGUGCGUGCUCAGGGGGCAUCCAUGGCGAUCGAAGACGCAGCUGCGCUCGGCGUGCUUCUUUCCAAGAUCGACUCUAAAGAGGAGAUCUCGACCCGGCUGGAUAUGUUCAACAAGCUCCGGUUGAAGCGCGUCGCGGCGACGCAGCUUUUGUCGGCUGAGCACAGGUGGGACCCGACUGUGCUCUCUGAGGAGCAACGCGGAUAUUUUGAUGGCAAGGUUCCUCGUGAGUGGUCUCCCUGCUAA